UUAUAGAGCAGAAUUGAACAUAAAACCCCCGAAAAAUCCCGAGAGAGGGGAUGCCGUACUUUAGUAGUUUUAAACCCGCUUAUUGUUAGUCAGUUAGGCUAGGUCAGCCCGAGUUAGCAUGUUCGUAGUUAUUGUUGCUCUGAUUUCCAUCGGCAGGACAUCGGGUUGAUUUUUUUUCUUUAGUCUUACUGUAGCAUUGAAACACCGAUGACAUAACGAGAGCCCACGCCGAAUUUUUGGAAUUAUUUUGUUGCUUCAGGGCUUAAUUUUUUAUUUUUAUUAUUGUUACUGUGAGUGGAUUUGUUGCUGUCAGUGGUUGAUUUUUUUUUUUUUGAAAUAGUGAAGAAUUUUAUUAUUAAUUGCACUGAAAAGUUUUAUUAUUUUUAUUUUUAUUGUGGAUGGAGUUUAUGUGGCUUUAUCACCACGGAUCAGAGAAUGGCACUUUCGUUUUUACAAGAAGCACAACUUAAAUCAGGUCUCCGUACGGGACAACUGGAUAUAAAGGACGAGAAGCACUCACCGCCCUUAAACAACAACACACUAGCCUUAUACCCGCACUUGCAAACAUCGGCUCCACGGCCUAUGGCCUUAUUUUCCCCGGAGCAGAUCUUAGCGACUCAAACAGCCGCCCUGAUGAACACGCGACUGCCGCCAGGCUUGCAAGCGACGUUAGCCGCCGCAGCAAACUCAGCAUUAUACAACCAGAACCAAAUGGCCCUGUUUGCCGGGUGGAUACCGCCACCAUCGCCUCCACAAGCUCCAAUUUCCCCAAUUUUAAAGCAGUCUUUAAAGCGUACGGCUACUAGCCCUACGGAGCCAAUAAAGCGACCGCGCAAGCGCGGGCCCAAGGCCAAGGAGGAGGUGCCAAUUCAAGCCCCGCCCAGCCCGCCGAAUUCCGUGAGUCCUGAGGCGCCGUCCAAGGACACAGCUCCGCGCGACAAGGUAUUUACCUGCGGAGUGUGCUUAAGAUCCUUUGGCUACAAGCACGUGCUCCAGAACCACGAACGGACCCACACUGGAGAAAAACCCUUCGAGUGCCCGGAGUGCCACAAGCGCUUCACCAGGGACCACCACUUAAAGACCCACAUGCGGCUCCACACCGGAGAAAAGCCGUACCAUUGCUCACACUGCGAUAGGCAGUUCGUCCAGGUCGCUAACCUCCGCCGCCACCUCAGAGUUCACACUGGCGAGCGGCCGUACGCUUGUGAGCUUUGUUCCGCAAAGUUCAGCGACUCAAAUCAGCUCAAAGCUCACUUGUUAAUUCAUAAAGGGGAAAAACCCUUUGAGUGCGAACACUGCAAUGUUAGAUUCCGCCGCAGGCACCAUCUUGUUCAUCACAAGUGCGGAGUUGCGGCUACUGCACAGGAUUUGAUCAGCUCCGCCCACGCUCAGUUGGCCAAUCAGAGGUUUGGCCUUACGAGAGACAGGGAGUAUGUUAGAGAGAGGGAGUCGGUGAUUAGUGAUGAUUUUGAAGAUGAUUUGGAUGAAGAUUUGGAAAGGAAGAAAAUUGCGGAUUUGCCGAUUAAUUUGUCCGUUCCUAUGGAACUUCCGGAACAGACGGAGCCUGAGGAUUUGUCCAUGAGCACUGGGUCAAUGCGUGGGCAUUCUAAUAGCCACAGUGGAGGGGAUUCGCCGCUAAGUAGGAGUCCUAGUAGUGAUAUUCAUGAUGAUGAUGAUGAGGAUAUUGAUGAUUUAAAUGGAAGGCUGUUUUUGAGCAAGCAGAAUCUUGAUGUGUUUAGGCAUAGGAUUAAUCAUAGUAAAAGUAGGGUUUAGUUAGCUCUCGGUAACUUUAAGGGGGGCAAUUUUAGACCUGGUGUCAAAUUUUGGAAAAAGGUUGAUAGUGUUUUUGGGCGAUAGCUUAAAAACUUGUCGGUU